AUGAGGCUGUCUCUUAGGCUUGGGGAUGGAGGGCAGAGAAGUUGGCUGGGGUUUCUCUUGCUCCUCUCUGUGGGGCUUAGCUGGGGCUUCCAACACACAUACGAUUGCGGUAACUAUGGGAUGCAACUAUUGGUUUCCCCACGGCUCGGCCGGACCAUCCGUUUCAAGGUUGUGGAUGAAUUUGGGACCCGCUUUGAAGUGACAAACUGCUCAAUCUGCCUCCACUGGAUCACCACCGACCCCCAAGGAACCGCAGUCUUCUCAGCCGGAUACAAGGGCUGCCACGUACUGAAAAAGGAGGAUGGACGUUACUACCUGAGAGUGUAUGUGGAGGAGCUUCUAGCCGAUGGAGCUGCUGAUGGAGGCCAGGAAGUACAACUCAUCUGUCCUAAACCUACUGACCGCCCCCGGACCCCUAGCUACUCUCUCACCCCUGCGCCGUCAACAGCUGGUCGCCGUCCUGGACAACCUGACUCUCUUCCUGGUCAUCCUAGCCCAAAGACUGGCCGCCCCCAUCCUGGCCAUCUCCCCGCUACGGUGCCUCGGCCCUACCCUGUUCCAGUCUGGCCCAGCCCAGAUGCUUCGGGGCCUAGGAUCAUCUAUCCUCCUUUUGACAUAGGUACCCACCUAACCCCAGAGCAGUGUGUAGUGGAUUCUGGGCACAUCCCCUGUACAGAUGGCCGGAGCUCAGCAGCCUGUGUCCAAGCUGGCUGUUGCUAUGAUGAGUCAGCUGUGACUACUCCAUGUUACUAUGGCAACACAGUUACCGUCCAGUGCUUCAAAGAUGGUCACUUUGCCCUGGUGGUUGCCCGAGAUACCUCAGAAAACCCCAUCAUCCUGGACAGCAUAAGACUGGCCUAUGCGCAGGAGGGAUGUGGCCCCACCCAGAAGACUGAAGCCUUUGUGCUAUUCCACUUCAGUGUCACAGAGUGUGGGACGACUGCCCAGGUGGUUGGCAACAGACUAAUCUACGAGAACCAGCUGCUUUCUGGCAUAGAUGUGCGUGCUGGACCAGAUGGUUCCAUCACCCGGGAUGGCGUCUUCAUCCUCCAUGCCCGCUGUAUUUACAACGCCAGCGACUUCGUGCCCAUCCUAGCAGAAGUCUUCCUCUCUCCGACACCGGCUCCGGCGGUCCAGACUGGGCCCCUCCGGCUGGAGCUGAGGAUUGCUGAGGAUUACCACUACCGCGUCUUCUACACUGCCAAAGACUACCCUUUGUCCAGGGUGCUCCGGGAGCAGGUCGCCGUGGAGGUCCGGCUCCUCCAGAGAACAGACCCCAACCUGGAACUGGUUCUUCACCAUUGUUGGGCGACUCCCAGUACCAAUCCCUUCCAGGAACCUCAGUGGCCCAUCCUGUUGGAUGGAUGCCCGUAUUCCGGUGAUAGUUACCGGACCCAGCUGGUACCUGUGGAGGCCUCGUCAGAGCUUCGCUUCCCAACUCAUCACCAACGGUUUAUUGUUACCGCUUUCACCUUCGUGGACUCAGAUUCCCAGAGAGCUCUCCGUGGGCCGGUCUACUUCUUCUGUAGUGCCUCUGUUUGCUACCCUUCCGAGCUGGAGUCCUGCAAGACUGAGUGUCACUCCGGAGCUGCAAAGCACCGCAGAUUUGUGACCUCCAACAGCACCAGGGUACUCCAGGACAUAGUGAGCUCACAGGCCCCAGUGGACUUCAGGAGCCCAGAGGAGCAGAAACAAACCUUGGCUAGCAGAGCAUCUCCCUGGAGGUCGAGCCUUCUGCCCGCACUGUGGCUGGUUCUGUCUCUGGUGGUCAUCGUGGCCCUGAUGUUGGUCCUGGUCCUGUGGGGAAGGAGCCAGAACUGGCUGCAGAAAAUUCAAGGCCGGUGUGGCCAAGGAGGUCGAUAGCCUCAAUAA